CCGCUUUCCUCUCCUCUCCUCCUCCUCCUCCAGCAGCAGCAGCAUCCGUGGCUCCCCCCGCAGAGGACAGCGGGUGUUUGUAGGACACAGGGGGGAAGGGGGGUCCUGGCCUGGGCACGGAUCCCGAAGAGGCCCCGGGGCCGCCGCUGGAUGGAGUCGGGCUGCAUUCAGACCGCAAUGGCUAUGGGUCUGACACCGAAAAAGGCGUCUGCUCGGAGCGUCGGCGUGGAGCGAAAAAACCUCAUCACGGUUUGCAGAUUCUCUGUAAAGACUCUCCUAGAAAAGUACACAGCAGAGCCUAUAGAUGACUCAUCCGAGGAGUUUAUUAACUUUGCUGCCAUUUUAGAGCACAUCCUCAGCCACCGCUUCAAAGGUAACACUGCAGGGUCAGGAAGCUGGUUCAGCUCAGAUGGACAACGCAGUUUCUGGGAAUAUAUCCGGCUGGCAUGCAGCAAGGUGCAGAACAACUGCAUUGCCAGCAUCGAAAACAUAGAAAACAUCAGCACAUCACGAGCCAAGGGGCGUGCAUGGAUUCGAGUGGCGCUGAUGGAGAAACGUCUGUCUGAAUAUGUAUCCACUGCUCUGAGGGACACAAGAACAACCAGGAGGUUCUAUGAUGAUGGAGCCAUUAUGCUAAGAGAGGAGGCCACAGUCCUGACUGGUAUGCUGAUUGGACUGAGUGCCAUCGACUUCAGUUUUUGCUUGAAGGGGGAGACUCUGGAUGGGAAAUCCCCAGCUGUGAUUGACUACACACCCUACCUGAAGUUCACUCAGAGCUACGACUACCUGAGUGAUGAGGAGGACCGUCGCAGUGUGGACAGCAGUAACAGCGAGGAGAGCGUCCCCGAGCAUCCCUACAUCCCUCUGGUGACCGACGAGGAGAGCUGGAGCAACAAGUGUCGCAAGAUGGAGCAGAGGUUUAAGAUCGUCUAUGCUCAGAAGGGUUACCUGGAGGAGCUGGUGCGCCUGCGGGAGUCGCAGCUGAAGAAUGUGGAGACGGAGAACAAGUGUCUGAGAGCCAAGGUGGAUGAGCUGACUGUCCAGAGCCAACAGGAGAAGAAGGAGCUGGAGGCCAUCGUGCUGGAGCUGCAGGCACAACUCUCUGCCCUCAUGCCUUGUGAUUCCACCCAUCUGGCUAAAGAUCUUUCCAUCCCGCUGGUCAACCAGUGGUCCACCAUCACAAACAACCAGGGUGAUGUCAAGCUUUUCCGCAGGAGGAGUUUCCACAGUUUGGAGCAACUUUCUGCUGAAGUCAGUCUGAACUCAGACUCCCAUAAGACUGAUGGGAGACAGAACGGAGAUGCUGCCUGGACUUCAGCUGGAAAAGACAACACUCCCUCCAUGCUGGGCCUGUGUGGCUCUCUGGCCUCUUUACCGAGCUCCAAGUCCCUGGCCAGCCUCAAGUCCAGCGAGUGUUUGGUCAACAUCAGCACUGAACCCAGCCCUGCGCUCUCUCCCAGCUAGGAGCUGCAGACCAACAACAACAACAACAGAGAUUUAACCCCCAGCCUGUCUGCCUGGUGAUGCUGCGUUGACCAUGCCUGAAAACCCGACCAAAACCCUGCACCCACAAUCCACCAAGACCAUUGACAGCUCCAUGAGAAUACAACAGGAAAAUCAUCACACCAUCUCUGGAUUUUUGUACACAUGAGAGUGAAGUCAUCAUGAAGCUGAUAGGACCCAUCUCUUUUGGUUCUUUCCCUUCUCCUUGCCUUAUCCGCUCGACUCUUCUCUCACACUUUUACCACAGCCACUUUGUACUAUCUGUGAAUCCUUUCAUCCACGAUCAUCAUCAAUUCCUGAAAACUCCUGUCAGACCUUUUCCAGUGCAUCCGUUUAUUUCCUUAAUUUGUAUUUUUACGAGUAUUCUUCCCAUGACAUCGUCUGUGUGUUUGUGCGCCUUGGCCUGUUUUAUCCAGUUUUCUUGUCAAAAUGUAACCAAAACAGCACUUGCAGCUCUUUGGAUGCAGCCACUUGCAAAGAGAGAUGUGAUGAUCAUUUUAAGAGAUGCAGAUUAUCAUAUAAAGUAGAGGAGGAAUUUUACAGACUGUCCUUACAGUGACAUAGCACUGAGAAGUAUGUUUUAUGUGUGACUGAAUAGUAUCUGGGGUCUGCCACCCCUGAAAGUGCAUAUCAUUCCUGCUUGAGUAAUCAAACACUGUUACAGUUUGUUUAAAUCUGUGCAGCUAUUUAUUGAAUCUUUCCAAUCUUAAGCUACCACAUAUUUUGAUUUAUCUAAUUUUAUCUGAUACAGCAGUGUGUUCUUUUUACAUGCAUACAUUAUUUUUGUUUGUUUUGUGUUGCAAUAAACUGCCUUUUUCCAUUA